AUGGCGCACGAUCUCCUCUCUUACCUGAUGGACGCGACGCUGUGGUUCAUCGUGUUCGCAGCCGCAGGUGCACAGGUUGAACGCGCCCACACUGCGGCGUUCACCUUCGCGUUCAGCUUACUGGUGAGCAUUACGCUUCCGUUGGGCCUCUCGGAGGUCCGCCAGCUGCUGUUGGCUGAUGUGGGCGGACAGGAGGCGGUGAAGAAUCUCGGGAACGAGAAGCGGCGGCUGGUGGAGACGCUCGUUCUGUACGUGGCGAUUCUGGUGGGCGCCAUCUUCACGCAGCUGGACUGGGCGCAGUGGUUUCAGGAGUGGCCGUUCCCCGCGCUGGUGUCCUUUGCGUUGGCGCGCGGUGCUAUUGCGGUGGUGGCACGGCGCCACAACGCGCAGCGGCGACGGGAAAAUGCGAAGUCUCUGAAGGCGUGA